CUAAAAGGCAAUUAAAAGGAUAUUGAACACACAUAAGGAAGGAGUGGUUGAAUGAAUCCUACUAAAAUUAGAAAUUGUGUAUACAAGAACAACGAAUUACCCACCUGUUUUACUCCCUUUUACUACCUUGUGAAUUUUAUUUUGUGAAAUACGUAGAACGCACUGCGCUUACUUCGAUUUUUCAAAAGAAAAAAUUCGAUAGCGAAAUAUCCAGAACGUGCGCACGUCCCUGGGUGAACCGAAGCCUACACUAAGGGCGUUGGUGACCACGGUCACGGCACUGUUGUGGUCACAGCAACGCGUCGUUGUUUAUAAUUUUCCAACAAAUCAAUUACCACCAAAUAGCCAACAACAGUGUCUGCUAUUUCAUUUUAAAUCCAGUUGAAAGAAGAAAUAAAAUAAUUGAAAAUGGAUCACAGUCCGUCAAACGCUACUUUGCCGGGUAAGCGCCAGCAUCCAUCUACAAUGCAGCGUAAAAAAUCCGGCCCCAAAUUUGAGCUCUCUGAAGCGCAAAAAGCCGACAUUAAGGAGGCUUUCGAUCUAUUCGAUACGGAGUGCACCGGUUUUAUAGAGGUCAAGGAGUUGAAGGUUGCAAUUCGUGCGCUUGGUUUUGAGCCGAAAAAAGAAGAAAUCAAACGAAUGAUUGCCGAAAUCGAUAAAGAUGGCACUGGCCGCAUAUCAUUCAAUGACUUCCUACAACUGAUGACAAUGAAAAUGGCUGAGAAGGACACUAAAGAGGAAAUAUUAAAAGCGUUCCGCCUGUUCGAUGACGACGAUACUGGCUCGAUUUCUUUCAAAAAUCUGAAACGUGUUGCACGCGAGCUGGGCGAAACGCUGACCGAUGAGGAGUUGCGUGAAAUGAUUGAUGAAGCUGAUUUGGACCAUGACGGUGUAGUGAAUCAGGAUGAAUUUCUACGCAUCAUGAAAAAGACAAGUCUAUAUUAGUUGUAUGUUUGUGGUUGUAGCGUGACACCAAGUUGUGCUGUGUGUGGAUUAUAAUGGUCAUAAUGACUUGGCGGAAGGGUUUAUAAUUUUUUUCUUAUUUUAUUUUUUAUUUACUUGCUUUAAAUAUUAAAUAUUUCAUCAUUUGUGUUGUGUUCAUCUAUAUAGAAGAUACGUUCAUACUUACACAAAUAUAAUAAUAAUAAUAACUUAUAAAUAGCUCUGCUGCACUUCAUGUGUAUACAAAACUGUUAACAAGUGCUUUUUUUUCUUAUUGUUUUGUUAAAAUACUUUAUUUCUCUAUUUAAAUAUAUGAAUUUCUGCAUAUUGCGGAUGAUUGAGAAGUUUUGUGUAAUUUAAUUUAAUUUAGAGUUCAAACUGUGUAUACGAUAUUUUUAAGCGCGAUUCAGUGUCUUAAAGGUUUUAACAAAACUUUUGUUCAACUGCAUUUACUUAAGGGGUACUGAAAAAUAAUUGUUCAACGACGCUGCAUUUAAUUUAAAUCUUUCUUUAUGAGUAAAGAGUGCUCUCCGCCAAAAACAUAAAAUAAAUAAAAUAAAAAUACCCAUUACUGGCAUACGAAAUCGCGCAGUAGCUGAAGUUAAUGUUCAAUUAAGCACUAAAAUGCCGAAAUUUUCGUUUACAAUGUUUUAAAAAUGUUUGUGAAACGCUGUGUUUAAAUGUAAGCUUUUGUAAUAGUCGAAUAUUUCAUAAAAAUGCACUGCACUAAGGAAAAUUUGUUGAAAAUUGCUUUUUGCCAGUAUUUAUUAUUUAAAAAAUUUAUAUUUCUACGCACAUUUACAAAAUAAAAUAUGAAUUGGUGACUUAAGAUGUACAAAACAUGAAUAAAACAAUCACAAAAGUGUUUUAAA